CGAGACAGCCCACGGGUCCUUACCGGCACCCACCAUCGCUCUAGAGCCCUACCUGGCUCUUCCCAAUCCCGACAAGACUACCUUCUGCGCCAGUCCGGAACCUGAGCUAAUCGGAAGAAAUUUGUAUUCCGUAGAGCGCCCGCACGACUUCAUCAGCCCGCACCAAACAUGGUCACGUCAAGCUCUGCGAGAGGGGGGUAGGGGGAGCGACGGCACUGCCAAGACCCAAGAUGGCGCCGGCUCCUAUUGUAUUGUUAGAACCGAUUCCAAGAUGGCCGCCCCCUGCGGAGCGUUUUGCUGCCAGGAUCCAAGAUGUCUUCCCCCCGCCUUCGGCAUGGCCUGAUUCCAUUAAGGCCUCACCAGCGCCCUCCAGAUGGUGUCUGACCUCAUCAAAGAUGGCUGUUGGAAGUGCCCCGUUUUAUUAGGCUCUUAUCCUUCAGUCCUCACUGGAGUGCUGGGGUUCGCCUCUGAGAUGGCGGCAGCUGAGCUGGAGUACGAGUCUGUCCUUUGCGUGAAGCCUGAUGUCAGCGUGUACCGCAUCCCGCCGCGAACCUCCAACCGCGGAUACAGGGCAUCUGACUGGAAACUGGACCAUCCAGACUGGACAGGGAGACUUCGUGUCACUUCCAAAGGAAAAACUGCAUAUGUGAAACUAGAGGAUAAGGUCUCAGGGGAGCUUUUUGCUCAGGCUCCCAUAGACCAAUAUCCUGGCAUUGCUGUGGAGACUGUGACGGAUUCGAGCCGUUAUUUUGUGAUUCGGAUUCAGGAUGGGACUGGACGAAGUGCUUUUAUAGGCAUUGGUUUCACAGAUCGUGGUGAUGCCUUUGACUUCAAUGUGUCUUUGCAGGAUCACUUCAAGUGGGUGAAGCAGGAAACUGAGAUCUCCAAGGAGACCAUGGAAGCUGACACGCGUCCUAAAUUGGAUUUAGGGUUCAAGGAGGGGCAGACCAUCAAACUAAACAUUGGGAACAUGACAACUAAGAAAGGAGGAGCAGCCAAGCCUCGUGUGUCUGGAUCAGGGGGCCUAAGUCUGUUGCCACCCCCGCCAGGAGGCAAAAUUGCAGUCCCUUCAAUCCCUCCUGCUUCUUCCACAUCCAUUGCCAACCAUGUCUCACCACCACCCAUGCUGAAAUCCAGCAACAUGAGCAGUGCAGAUAUUCUGUUAGACUUAGAUGCUCCUGCAUGUGCAUCCAAGACACCAACAUCAACUACCACAGAUGUCUGGGGUGACUUCAACACUGCAUCCAGUGGUGUUCCUAAUCAGGCUCCUCAGCAGUCCAACUGGGUCCAGUUCUGAAUGGUUAAAGCAGUGGAACGGAAUAAACUGAUGACCAAGAGUCUAGAGGCACAAAUAGAGUCACAGGGGGCACAAACCUCUCCAAUCUGCAAUCAAGAACAAGUUGGACAAUUUUUUUUUUUUUUUUAAGCC